AAAGAAAAGAAAAGAAAGAUGCAGAUUUAUAAUAUAAGCUAGAAAGUUAGAUUGAUGCUUUGAUGAUUUUGGUUGAAUGAGAGAGAACAUGGGUUGUGUUCCACAGAUUCUGCUCAUGAUUUUCAUAAUCAUUCUCUCACUUCCAUCACCAUUAAACACUGCGCACAUUAGUGAUUCUUUGUCAAACAUUGCAUAUUCACCAGAGAUUGACUUCAAUGAUGGGGUUCAGAAUCUGAUUGAGAAAGUCUCAGGAGAUGAUGAGAAUGAGGAAGAACAUAAAAAAAUCUUUUUGUUUGAGAAGCUCAGGGUUUUGCUUGGCUUAAGGAGUUUCCAUUUGAGAAGCCUAUCAAAUGGUAAAGACUCAAAAUAUGUGUCUUCAACUCCAACUCCAUCACCUUCUCCAUUGCCUUCUAGCGAAGCCGAGCCGCGAAGUUCAGGUUAUAGCCCUUCUCCUGCUCCUGUUAGGCAAAUCCAUGUUCAUCCACAUUAUGGAAAACAUGGAUUGCAUUCGCUUCAUCAGCCCCACAAGAUUCAAAGGGAAGGUGAUAAGGGAAAAGUUAGGAGAGUUUUGAUGGCAGUUCUUGUCUCUAUUGGGGCUGCAACUUUGGUUUGCUUAGUUGGACUCAUAUGGGCUUGCAAGAAGUACAAGAAACACCAAAAGAAGCCAAAAAGAAGAAUGUCGGUGUAUGGGAAAAGAAGAGGCAGAUCCAAGUGUGUGAGCUUCCCAAAGCCUGCAAGCAAGGUGAGCCUGAAUCCCGGCCUUGAUCUCUUUUAUCUUGACUCGCUAGGAAAGGAUUUAGAGCAACAACCACCACAGCCUUCUUCUUGUAUGAAGCAAGCUUGUGAAACUCUUGACAUAUCAUCACUAAAUCAUGUCAUACCAAAAAGAGAGGAGUCUGUUCAAGAAUCUAUACGAAAAUCGGAAUUUGAUAAUGAUAGUAGUUCUUCCACUAGGGAAAUCACCUCAGUGCAUGAUCAUGCGAAUUCAGUCAACAAUGACUAUGAUUGUUUGACUUCACCUUCCCAUUCCCAUUCUCCAUCUGGAGAUAAGAUUGUCCCUAUUGAGUCUCAUUCCUCGGACGACGAGUCGUUUCAUUCAUUUGGGGAAUCGAAUUUGUCAAACGUCGUCCGCCUCUCCAAUGCUUCACUAGGCAGUUUUAGUGAUGCAUUAGAGAAUUUCAACUCAAAUGAGCAACACAAAUCACAUUUCUUGUUGCCCUCUUCUGUGAACUCAGCAAUUAAGCCAUCAAUCCAAGCUCAAAAUUCUUCUUUAGCUCUGAAUUUAGCGUCUCAAAGCAAUGAAGAACAUGACAAACGACAAACUGUAACAUGCUCUUCCAUUUGUCAAAAGAAUCUCACAACUCCUCCUCCUCCUCCACCUCCUCCACCGCCUCUGCCUCCGCCACACGUAAACUUUUUUCCUUCCCAUUCUUCUUCUCGUUCAACUGGAAUUGAGUCUAAAGCUUCAGGCUCUUCCACAUUACCAAAAAUAUCAUCUUCAAAAGAAUCAAAUUCUCUUUCCGGAUCAAAAAAAAUAUUGCAACUUAGCAACUUGGCUUCUUCACCUGGGAACGCCUCUAAACCUUCAACG